CUCUAGACACUUCCUUUACUCAGAGGCAUCGGAGUGAGAGAAUCCCGAUUAAAACGCACCGUUUUCGGCUCUUCUCUGUCAUGCGCCCCAAAUCUGAGACACUAACACCCUUCUACUGUAACUGGAGAGGAUGAGUGCAAAGGUCGACACAACAUCUGCUUUUGAGCCUCACAGUACUAAGAUGUCUGGAUCAAGUACUUCAUCUGCACCAACAACUAGUAGCCCAAAGGUCUCUAUGUUCGCUGCAAAAUCUGGAUUUGUUAUUCCAAAAAACAAAUUGUCAGGCUCAUUAAUUCCCAUCAUCCGAGGAGGUAAAAAGCUAGGAAGUGGUGAUGCAGCUAAUGAGGAAAGUACCAAACUGGUGCAGAGGAAAACAAAAUGGGGCCCUGAUCUGACACAGGAUGCUGCUGUCAAAAAGGGAAGAGCCUUAGCUUAUCAGACACGAUUGGAUCAAAUUACACAACAGCUGAAAUUGGGAUCUUUGGAGUUUAGGGACCCUCAAGGCUCACCAAUAGCAGCCGAGAAUCCAGAUCCCAGGUCUCCAAGUCCUCAAAGUAAUAAUAAGAACUCAGAAUUAUUGGAACUUGAAAAGCGGGAAGCUAUAGGAGAAAUUUUGAAACUGAAUCCAAGUUACAAGGUCCCACCUGAUUAUAAACCUUUAUUGAAAGAGUCAACAGUUCCUAUCCCUGUCAAAAAAUAUCCUGGAUUCAAUCUUAUUAGCCUAAUAUUUGGGCCUGGAGGUGAUAAUCAAAAGCGGUUAGAAAAAGAAACUGGAGCCAAAAUACGAGUUUAUGGUACCAAAGCAGAGACAGGAGAGAAGGGAGAAAUUAAAUCAUCUGAUGGAAAUGAAAUCCAGGGUGCUUAUGAAGAGUUAUAUGUUCAAAUAUCAGCUGAGACAUUUGAGAAAGUUGAUGCAGCGGUUUCUGUAAUUGAACUGCUAGUCACCUCAGUAGCGGGAAAUUUGGAUGCGGUUUCUGCAAGCUCUACUUCAGUUUCUGGGGAUAGCAUGGAUGUUCUUACUCAAAGCCAAGUUGCAGCCACCUCCCAUAUAGAUCCUACUACUCUAGUAAAUCAGGGAGUACAACAACCUAUGGCUGGACCUACACACACUUCUUUACAAGGUCAAUUUCAAUUCCACAGUCCAUGGUUCCCAUCAGGCCAAUCUCACAGUGUAAUGCAUGCAUCUCCCGGCUUCAUCCCCUCUCCAAAUUCUUCAGCACCACUUCUCAACAAUCCGGUCCAUUUAUCUUCAUCAUUUAUGAAUCCUUCAAACAUGCCUUCUUUGUUUGGGCCUCGACCAAUUCCAGCAGCUGGACUCAACUCAAUUCUCCAAAACCCACAUUUUCUGCCUAGACCACAGCCACCUACACAAAUUCUACAGCAUCCUUACAUGGCUCAACCACGUCCUUUAGGACAUAUUGGCCCAUUGAGAAAUCCUUCCAUGAUGGCUUUACAGCCCUCAUCAGCUCAGCCUAAUUUUUCAGCUCCACCUCCAUUUACUGGUAGCCAACCCCCACCAACAAGGCCAGGACCUAUCAUGGGGUCACUAAUGGCUUCACUUCCGCAACCCAUGUCUAGUGCUCCACCUGGAUCAAUGCCUGACCGACCUUGGACCCCUGCUGGGAGCUCUAGUGUAUGGUCUGGAGGCCCUGCCAGUGCUAGUGAUUCAGCAUCUCUAGGUCUGAGCAACAUGGGGCACAUGGCUCCACAUAUGGUUCCACCUAACAGGUCUCAUCCUCAAAAUCCACAACCAGGUGUUGCAUCCGUGGCACCUCCUUCAAACAUAUCAACAGCCAGUUUGGUUUCACCUAUGAACUUUUCAUCUAGGCCAUCCCCUACCCAGCUUUCAGGUGCUGCUGCUAACCGUCCUAUUGGAGCUCCGCAUUUUGCGUCAAAUCCACCGCAUCAAGGGGGGCAUCCAGCUGCAUUUUCCGCUUCAUUACAUCAAACAUCAGCACCAGCACCUGCACCUAAGUCAUCUGUAAACCUUGUAUUGGGAUCUGCAUCAAUUCCUUUACAUGGAUCAGGAGUACCAAAUUCUGUUUCUGGAAGUGCACCAAGCUUCACUCCCAUAAAACCACCGACAGUGUCAGCUCCAACUUCUGGUGAUUUUACUUUUCAACCUCACCGGCCACAUAAUCUAGUCUCUCAAGCAGUACCCACGUCAAGCAGACAACCUGCUAUUCAGAGUUCUCAGCAGGUGCAGCUUCCAGCACUUCAGGUACCAUCUUUCCAGUCGGGUGUGCCCAAAAUAACUCAACCUGUCAAUCAAGUCUUUCAGAGGCCACAGUUCAGCAAUCCAGUAGGUCAGCCUCAAGCCCCUGUAUCUGCUGCUCCCUAUGCCCAAAGCCCGACAGGUGCACACAGACUUCCAGCAUUUCCAAAUGCAAAUGUUGCGCCCAGGACUCCACUCUCACAAAUGGCCCCAAGGAGCUUCAGUCCAGCUCCCCAAAUGCCGAGUUUGCCCGGUCCUAUGGUUCCUAGGUCGGGGAAUCCUCUGCAACUUCAACAAAAUUACCCAGCACGCACUAGGCCAGAGAUCCUAUUGGCUCCAAAUCAACAAUUUGGCAACACUUUCUCCUUUGCUUCUAGUAAGCCGCCUUCUAAUUCUGGAGGACAGCAAAUUUAUGAUCCUUUUUCACCCACGUCUGUACCUACCUCCAAGGCAGAUGGAUAAUCCUGCAAGGGUGAGAUCCAGACUACGAGAAUUUGAUGGCCUCAAUCGCAAUGGAAUAGUUUUUGAGUUAGUACUGCAUAUGUCGGCUAACCAUUAGAAGGUUCGGUAGGGCCAAAAGAGGUGUAUAAAUUUAGUAGGUCUAUAGAGGUGAGAUGUUUCUCUUUGUAAUCUGAUUAUUGAUAGCAAAAAACUUUUUCGCAACAUUUCUUUUUAUUUUUAUGUUUUUUGACACUGAUUGUAUCCGUCUUUCCUUGUCAUAGUCCGUCAUUGCCCAUUUUCUGGUCAUGAAUUGUGAAUGAAGUUUGAAUUUGAAUUGUUUCAGAACAAUACAGCAUUGAGAUGAACAAGCAUACUUAAUUGGAAAAUUUUAUUUCUGUUAUUUGCCA